AUGAUAAAAAGUAAUUAUAAAAAGGAGUACAAAAAAAUAGUGCUUUUGUUAGGAUUGUAUUUCAUAAAUAUAACCAAUGCAAGUCAAAUACUUUUAGCAAAUGAGGAAGGAUAGGCAGUUUAGAUAGAGCUUUAAAAUCGCAAUGGUAACAGUGUUGUAUUAGAAUCAUCAGGUGAUAAUGCGUUUUAAGUUUCUAAGGAUAAUGAGACAGUGCUUUCAUAUACAUAAAUAGAAAACCAAAAUGAAAUAGAUAUAAAUAAAAUUGAUGUAGUUGGAACACUUAAUAGCAAUUAUGAUUUAAAAGUAGAAGGCGAUCUUCAUAUUGCAUCAAUGUCUAAUAGCAUUUUUUACAAAUCUUAAAAACAGUGGAAAUUAUUUGCAUUUGAUGAUUUCUAGUAUGAUAAAAAAGGAUGGUCAGAAUAAGCUAUUUCUUCAUGCGGAUCAAGCGAAAAUAUAUUCCUUGGAGGACAUUGUAAUUUUGGAGGAAUAAUUGUAACAAAAGAAUAUACAGGCCUCCCACCAAACUCUUAUGUCAACGUCAAGUUUAAUAUUCAUUUUUUUGAUGACUGGACUGGAGAAUUAGCAUUUGCAUAAAUUAAUGGUGUAACUAUGUGGUAGUAAAGCUAUGCUUGGUGCAAUAAACUUUUAAUCCAGCAGUGUAAAAAUCAAGGAAUUAGUGCUUGUGGUAAAGAAACUCCAGAUACUUUCGCUUAUCCAGUAAGCUUUACCUUCUAAGCAAAUGGAACCUCUUUCAUAUUAGGAGUUGGAUCUAACUUGGCAAAAAACUCUUGUGAUGCAUCUUGGGGUAUUGACGAUGUUUAAAUUUAUAUAAAUUGA